CGCUUGUAGCAUGUAAACAUAGUGUACUUUAGGGUGGAACACGCCCUCAUUUGUUUAAAUAUUAGUCGAAUAGCGUGAAAUAGGUGCCUUUGGAGUGAAUUGACUGAUGAUUGGAACGGCAAAGAAGUGUUAUAUUAUGAUGUCUUAGAAAUUAAGUCCAAUUCAAGAAUCAUGUUCCGGUGUAUUCCAUUGUUUAAGGGAUGCAACCGUCAGGUUGAAUACAUUGACAAGCGGCACAGUUCGCUGUCUUCAGUUCCUGACGAUAUAAUUCGCUAUGCUCGAAGCUUGGAAGAAUUACUUUUGGAUGCAAAUCAUAUAAGAGAACUAUCAAAGGAUUUCUUUCGCCUCACGAAGCUGAGGAAGCUUGGUCUGAGUGAUAAUGAGAUUCAGAGGCUUCCCUCCGAGAUCAUGUACCUGGAACAUCUUGCUGAGCUGGAUGUGUCCAGAAAUGAUGUACCUGACAUUCCUGAGGAGAUCAUCAAGUGCAAAUCCCUCCAAGUUCUCGAUGUCAGCAGCAAUCCAAUCACGAGGCUUCCUCAGGGGCUCGUGCACCUCCGUAACCUGACCAUACUGGGACUGAACGACAUGUCGCUCACCUCGCUGCCCGCCGACUUCGGCAGCCUGGUGAACCUGCAGUCGCUGGAGCUGCGGGAGAACCUGCUCAAGGCGCUGCCGGACUCUGUCUCUCGACUCGAGCGGCUCGAGCGGCUCGACAUCGGCGACAACGAGAUCGAGGAGCUGCAAGCCACCAUCGGUUCUCUGCCGUCCCUGAAGGAGCUCUGGCUGGACCACAAUCAGCUGACGCACCUGCCCUCGGAGAUUGGCCAGCUGAGCAGCCUCAAGUGUCUGGACGUGUCUGAGAACCGUCUGGAGGACAUUCCGGAGGAGAUCGGCGGCCUGUUCAGUCUGGAGGACCUGCACCUGUCGCAAAACUUCCUGGAGGCGCUGCCCGACGGCAUCGGGAAGCUGGCCGAGCUGCUGAUCCUGAAGGUGGACCUCAACCGGCUGACGGCCUGCAACCCGGCCAUCGGGAGGUGCGCCAGCCUGCAGGAGCUGAUACUGACGGAGAACUUUAUCACCGAACUGCCGCCGUCGGUGGGCAAUCUGCGCCACCUGACCAACCUGAACGUGGACCGCAACCGGCUCGUCAGCCUGCCGGACGAGAUCGGUAACCUGCAGGAGCUGGGCGUGCUAUCGCUGCGCUGUAACCAGCUGCAGCACCUGCCCGACACUAUCGGACAGUGCAGCGCCCUGCACGUGCUCGACGUCUCGGGAAACAGGCUGCAGAACCUGCCGGCCUCGCUGCAGAACCUGAACCUGAAGGCGGUCUGGCUGUCGGAGAACCAGGGGAAGCCGAUGCUGCAGUUCCAGACGGACUGGGACGAGAUCAGCGGCCAGGAGGUGCUCACCUGCUUCCUUCUGCCGCAGCUGGACGACCACGAGGACAGAGAGUUCACCAGCGGCCGGCUGUACCGCUCUUCGUGCGACGACCUCUCGACCAACGACGGCAGCGAGCGCGACUGGGACGAGCACCGGGCCGCCGUGGUCCAGUUCGGACCCGAGGACGACGAACUGCUCGACAGAGAGAGUCACUUUGUUCGUCACAACACGCCCCACCCCCGCGACCUGAAGGCUAAGGCCAACAAGCUGUUCGGAAAGGGAAAGCAGGUGGACGGGACCCCCAAGUCGGCAGAGCACCUCGACUCUCCGCAGCCGGCCGACACCAGCGGCCGGUUCAACCCGGCGUUCCGUCGCGACCUGCCGCGCUCCUCGGAGCUGCGCCGGGUGGACCCGGGCACCGGCCAGGUGACCGAGCUCUUCUCGCCGCCGCCCUACGACGCCGCAGAGACGAUGCCGCCGUCCAUCGGCGACCUGGAGAAGGAGCCGGCCGUGGACCAGCAGCCGCCGCCGGCCUACCACGAGGUGGCCGCGCCGCCCGCCGCUCCGCCCGCCGCUCCACCCGCCGCUCCACCCGCCGCGCCACCCGCCGCGCCGCCCGCUGUGCCGCCCGCCGAUCCGGCGCCGGAGCCGGAGCCGGAGUCAGUAGCGGAGCCGACCCGGGAGCCGGCUCCGGCGGCGCAGACGGCCGAGGCGCCCGAGCCGCCGGCGGAGGCCGACCAGGACUCUCCGGACAUGGGGGACCGGCGCGUGGGCUUCGCCGUGUCCGGGGACGAGGAGCCGACCGCCGAGCGGCACAACCGGCUGCACCGGCGCGACACGCCGCACCACCUCAAAAACAAACGCAUCACGGACAAGGUGGACCAGGACCAGGUGGCGUCCAUCAUCGCGCAGGCGCUGAAGCGGCGCGAGGGGGAGGGCGGCGACGGCGCGUCUCCGCCGCCGCCGGCCGCCGGUCCCACGGUGCAGGUGGAGGAGCAGCAACUGGACCUGACCAUUCAGCGCGCUCCCUCCGGGCUGGGUCUGAGUAUCGCCGGCGGGCGCGGCUCCACGCCGUUCAGAGGGGACGACGAGGACGUCUUCAUCUCGAAGGUGCUGGAUGGCGGCCCGGCGGACCUGGCUGGACUCAAGGUGGGCGACAAGCUGACGUCUGUGAACGGCGUGCCGGUGCUCGGCGCCGACCACUACGACGUGGUGGGCAUUCUGAAGGCGGCCGGCGACGCGCUGCAUCUGUCCCUGCUGCGCGAGGUGACCCGGCUGGUGCCGCCGCCGGAGCCGGAGCCGGAGCCGCCCGCCGCCGAGCGCCGCCGGCCCGUGGACGCCGUCACCGACCACGUGGCCAAGGAGCGGCUGGAGACGCAGCAGCGGCUGCAGCGCGAACUGGAGCGGCGCCGCGCAGAGCUGCGGCCGCCGGACGAGCCGCCGCCGCCGCCGCAGGAGAACGGGACGUCGGCCAGUGAGGAGGCUCCGUCGCCGCCGGCCGCCGGCGGUACCGACUCUGAGCCGAUGGUGACGCGGACAGAGACCAUCCACACCACGCUGAUACGCGACAAGAACGGACUGGGGUUCAGCAUCGCCGGCGGCCGCGGCGUGGCACCCUACGACGGAGCCGACGCCGCCGGCCGGCAGCGGCGACAGCCCGACGACGCGGUGUACGUGUCUCGGAUGACCCCCGGGGGCGCUGCCGAGCGAGACGGAAAGCUGUGCGUCGGCGACCGGGUCAUAUCGAUUAACGGCGUGGACGUGGAGGGCGCGCGCCACGACCAGGCCGUCUCGAUGCUGACCGGCCUGGAGCGGUUCGUGCGGCUGAUGGUGCAGCGCGAGACGCUCAUACCGGCCUCGGAGGCGGCCAACGGCGCUCCGUCCGAGCCGGCGCCGGUCUCUGCGCGCUCGGCGUACAGUGCCGGCAGCUACAUGGCGCACCGGCCCAUGUACGGCGGCUACCGGCGGCCCGAGUUCGGCACGCGCGCCGCGCUCCGCUCCUCCGAGCGGCUCUCCCUGGCGGCCUCAGCGGCGGCGAGCGCGGCGGACCCGUCCCCGGCGGCCGAGCCACCCGCGGCUCCACCCGCGGCGGCGGCGCCCUCCUCCGCCCCUGCCACUGCCACAGACGCCCCCACUGCCGCUAACAAGGACGCCCCCGCCGCCGUGCCUGCUGCUGCGACCGCCUCGCCAGUAACCAACUCCCGGUCCAGCGCCAGCGAAAUAAAGGAUAACACUACAGAGGAUGUGACGCUGAACAAGGCGGGCGGCCCGCUGGGCCUGAGCAUCAUCGGAGGCGCCGACCACAGCUGCCUGCCAUUCGGCCGACAGCAGAGCGGCACGUUCGUCUCUAAGCUGACGCCGGGCGGGCCGGCCGAGCGGACGGGCCGGCUGCGCGUCGGCGACCGGCUGCUGGCCGUCAAUGGCUCGGACAUGCAGCGCGCCACGCACGAGCAGGCCGUCAUGGCGCUGCUCGAGCCGUGCCUGCACAUGACGCUGCGAGUGUGCCAUGACCCGCUCCCAGACGGCUGGCAGGAGCUGACGUUGGCCCGCCAGCCGGGAGAGAAGCUCGGUAUGAACAUCAAGGGCGGCCUGCACGGUCUGCCCGGUAACCCGCUCGACAAACAGGACGAGGGCGUGUUCAUCAGUAAGGUGCACAGCGAGGGGGCCGUGCGGCGCGACGGCCGGCUCCGGGUCGGCCACCGGCUGGUCGAGGUCAACGGGGUCACCCUGCUCGGCAGGACACACCAGGAGGCGGUGGGCGCGCUGCGCGCCGCCGAGGGCGAGCUCUCGCUCACCGUCUGCCACGGGUUCGACCCGGACGAGGUGGAGCGCCGGGUGGCCGACGGCCGGCUGGUACAGGCCAAGUCGGCCAGCCAGUCCGUCAGCAGCCUGGACCGGCCCGAGUCGCCGCCGCCCGCCGCGCCCGCGCCCGACGCUGCGGCGUUACGGGAGUCGCGCACGGAGCCGCGGACGGAGCCGCGGACGGAGCCGCGGACGGAGCCGAGGACGGAGCCGAGGACGGAGCCGCGAUCGGAGCCGCGGUCGGAGCCGCGGACGGAGCCGUCCGCCUCGCCGGAGCUCGGCCGGCCCGCGUUCACCAGCACGCCGGCGACAGUGCAGCACGGCGCGCAGUCCCUCUCGGCGGCGGCGGACAGGGUCAGCGGCCCGCCCAGCACGCCCGUCAAACCGCCCAUCGGACCCAAACCCCGGCUGGCGCCGCGGCCGGCGCCGGCAGCCGAGCCGGGCCGCGAGCCGCCGGCGAACACGGCACCCGCGCCUGCUGCGGCAGCCGCUCCCGCGGCGGCGCCCCAGCAGCCGGCGGCGCCCCAGCAGAAUAUGACGUUCUCGGCCAUGAAGCGGUUCUUUGAGACGGAGGUCUCCUCGCAGAAGGAGCCGACGCCCAAGUCCGAGAAGCGGUUCACCUUCCUCAGCUCCGACGAGGUGGAAAGGAUGAGACAGGAGGAAGAGGAAAAGUACGGCACGAUGACGGCCGAGGAGUUCGAGAGUCACAUGGAGACGCACCUGGUGGGCGCCCCGGACCCGGCCGACAGCGGCCUGCUGGCCAUGACCGCCUCGCUGUCGGCGGCCGAGCCUGACGACAGCGGCGGCCCCCAGGAGGCGCCGCUCGACCACCGGCCGCCCGUGAUGACGGCCAAGGCGGAGCGCCGGCUGCGGCAGCGGGUAGGCUCCGAGGACGAGCAGCAGCAGAUGUCGCCGGCCGAGUGGCGCGCCCUGCAGGCCGAGAAACGCGCCGCCUGGCGCCAGGCGCGACUCAAAUCGCUCGAACAGGACGCUCUGCAGGCGCAGAUCGUCAUCAGAAAGAUGAGCGAGCUGACAGAGAGUCCCGAGCAGGCCGAGCGGCAGGGGGGGCCGGUGGACGACGACAACAACCCGCUGGUGUCGGCGGGCUCCGUCCAACAGCACUCCGCGGCGGCGGACAGCGCGGACAACAACGAGAACCCCGGGCGGAGCAGGCAGCUGUCGUAGCGCACCGCGGCCGGCUCGUGUCGCGGAGAUCCGAGGGGCUCCGCUCCCUCACACCAUGUAAUAAGGGACCAGACGAACAAUCUUCCAAAUAUACAUUCGGCGCGC